GUUUCACGUCCCUUCAUCUUUGGGCGUAUAUUUCCACCCAUAACCGUACUAUUGGACAGCUUUUCAUUUUUGGGAGCAAGAACGUUCCUCUAUCGCAUCUUAAUGAAGGCCACUAUAACACCAUGAAUUUAGAUUCUAUUGAAAAAGACUGCCAAGAUCGCACCCGUCAUUUGGCAUUGGUACCGUGCCGGAUGUUUAAUUCCUCCCGAACUGUGAAUACGAACUCAACUGCUUCUUCCAGCUUGGUUUCUGCAUGUGACCUUUCCCAAUCCACGGCCGAACAUCUGAGCCAUGUGGGAGAAAGAGCCGUUGAUCGGGAUCUCAUUGAGGAACAGCUCGCGAUUAUGCGGCAGAUCGAAGAAGAGCACCAAGAAAUAGUCGCAACAAAUUCAAAAUUUCCGCCUGAAAACUCGGACAGACCUUACAAUUUAUAUGGAGCCUAUCAGGAAGUUGCGCAUACCUUAGCAGAAGACGGAAAUGGCGUAGCCCCUCGCCUUCCACGCGACCAAGACGCUGUUCAGAUCCAAGGAUUUAACUACAAUGUAAUCCAGCGGAAACAGCUGGUUCAGUCGAACCAAGCGAACCGAAUGCUAGCAACUGUGCCAGAUUCCUCUGUAUCGGACCGAAACGAGCGAAUUCAAACUCGCGUGAUGCAUCCCAUGUCGAGUAUCAACGAAACUUUAAAAAGCAAGGGAAUGGAGCAACGGAAUGACUUAUUACAGGAUCUUGCCUCCACUCUCAGCAACGGCCAAAAGCUUCGAGUAAAAGGAAUACAUCAAACAUACAAGGACAUUUCUACAGGCAAGGCUGUCCUGGUCAAGUGUCCUUGUUGCUUCACCUUCUUGCAAGUUGGCAAUACAAGCAUCAAUAUUUACUGCACUAUUUGUGAGCAUGUGUCACCAAUGGAACUGGCUAGGCAAGCAGACUCAUCAGGCUCUACUCAAGUACCUUCCCACGAGGCAUUGUCGGAUAUAGAUUCGCAGAUUGCAGGGAUUAUGCAAAUUCAAGAACUGGACGUAGCCGAUGCUUGCAGCAUGGCAAAGCAUGCCGACAAAACAAACCUCUCAUCAGCAUAA